AAAUACCGCAAAGCAUUUCACCCGGUGUGCUAACGUUUCUGCCAGCACGCAGCCUACCAGAGGUGAUGUUAAAUAUCUUAUGAAAAUAUCUAGCUGAGAAAGUUUAAGAACUGAUUUAUAUUUUCGGUCAAGAGAUGGCAAAGCCGUUACACCAGUGUGAUGUAUGUAAAAAGACUUUCUCUCGUGGAGGUAACCUUGCUACCCACAAACGUAUCCAUACAGGAGACAAACCCCAUCACUGCGAUAUCUGUGGGAAAUCAUUCUCUAGAGCAAGUACUUUAACUACACACAAAUAUAUUCAUACUGGAGAGAAGCCAUAUCGCUGUGAUAUCUGUGGUAGAUUAUUCUCUGUUGACAGUAGCUUAACUCGACACAAACGUAUUCAUACGGGAGACAAACCAUAUCAGUGUGAUAUCUGUGACAAGUCUUUCUCAGAUGCAGGUAGCUUAACUGCUCACAAACGAUUCCAUACAGGUGAGAAGCCUUAUCAAUGUGAUGUCUGUGGUAAAUCAUUCUCUCAGAGAGGUACCUUAUCUACACACAUGUUUAUUCACACAGGAGAGAAAAAAUAUCACUGUGAUAUCUGUGGUAUGUUGUUCUCACGCAGGUUUCACUUGACUCGACACAAACUCACCCACACAGGUGAGAGAUUGUACAGCUGUGAUAUCUGUGGAAAAUCAUUCUCUGAAAGUAGCAUCGUAAUUAAGCACAAACGUGUUCAUACCGGAGAAAAACCGUAUCACUGUGAUAUCUGUGGGAAAUCAUUCUCAGGGGGAAGUACCCUGACUAUUCACAAACGGAUUCACUCAGGAGAGAAACCAUAUCACUGUGACAUUUGUGGUAAAUCUUUCUCUGCAAGUUUUGGUUUGACUAGACACAAACGAAUUCAUACAGGAGAGAAUCCUUAUCACUGUGAUAUCUGUGGUAAGUCUUUUGCCCAAAGUGGUGAAUUAAGUCAACACAAAUGCAUUCAUACUGGAAGGAAACCAUAUCGCUGUGACACCUGUGGUAAAUCAUUCUUGCAAAGAAGACUUCUAACUGCUCACAAACAUUACCCUUGCAAGGAAUAAAUUAUGUGACUGACCAUCAUCCUCAUUCAACAUCUGUUUUCCAUGCUGGCAUGUGUUGAACGGUUUUUGACAUGCAAGCCAGGGGAUUGCACCAAACUCUACUGUCUGCUAUGGCAUGGUUUCUAUUGCUGGAGGCCCUUCCUAAUAGCAACCACUUUACAAAGUGUACUGGGUGCUUUUGACAUGGGCCCUGCGCUAGCGAGGUCAAACACAUUCAUACAAAUUUACCCACAAGGCAUUGGUCAGCCUAGGAACAGAAGGCAAUUGCCUAGGGUGCUGUUAAUGGGACUCUGCCCCCAAACCAUGUGAUUGUGGAGCAAAUGCCUCACGGCCAUCUCUUCGUGGGAAAUCAUUCUCUGAAAGAUGUAACUUAUGUACUUACACACAAACGCUUUCAUACAAGACACCAACCAUAUUACAGAGAUAUCUGGGGGAAAUCAAUCUCUCUAAAAAUAUUAAUUAACUAUUCUGUGUAUUCAUAUUAACGAGUAACACUUAAUAUCAAAAUUAGUUCUUUGAAAAAAAUUUAUCUUAUAUAACCACAUAUGUAUACACAUGGGAAAGACUAACUGUGGAAACACCCUAUCAACAAUCUAUAUGACUAUCUCUACCCUGUUGAAAUAACUUAACUCUUUCAUUACCAACCCGACUGAAACUACCUCUGGCUCUAUAGUACA